GGACUAAUAGCGGGCAACGGUACUACUUAGACGGUCUACCCUGAGUUCUAGAAUUACUACGCAGUGCCAGCUCACUCACUUCCCCGACCUGAGUUGUGUGACUACCACUACCACUCACAGUAGCAUAGCUGCUAUUCCGGUUGUGGUCAAGACUCGGACUCACAUGCGGAUCCCUCCUAUCCUUCAUUCCCUCAAGCUCAACGUGAACGCGAUUAAAAUCCCCAAACCACAACUUCUGCGUUCUUACAGCGUGCACGCUAGUGCUCAGUCGAUUCGGCCUGAUUCCAAGUCGCUGUUUGAGCACACGACGACGAGAUGGCUUUGCAAUGAUGAGCAAGAGAAGAAGCUUCGAUAUACUCUGUUCAACGUCGAGGCUCUUGAACGAAUAGCUUGUCGUAGCGUAGAUGCUGAGCGCUGCAUCGCUUGGGACAAGAUCGGCGAAGGAUCGUAUAACAAAGUGUUUAUGCUCCGUUUCGACAAUGGGACGCAGGCGGUCGUGCGCAUCCCUUGUCCUGUCGUCGGGAACGUCGAGCGCGCGACCGCCAGCGAGGUUGCCACGAUGUGCUACAUCCGUGAGCGAUACGCCGACGUCCCCGAGAUGCCUUUGCCACCCAGAGUCAUUGCGUGGGAUGCAAGCUAUCGCAAUCCAGCGGAGACACCUUACAUCAUACUCGAUUAUGCACCUGGUGUAACUUUGAUGUCUCGCUGGCCCUGGAUUGAGGGCGAGUCUGCUGGGGCGGCGCUAGCCAGCAUCUGGGAGAUUGAGAAACGCUUGCUGGGCGAGCCGUUGUCGCAGAACGGAUCGCUCUACUUCGCAGACGAUGUCACAGACGAACUACGAAGUCGCCCUCUUUUCCACGAUGCGCGUAGAGUGGGUUCGGUGGCCCUAAAGGCGCAGCUUGCAGCCAAGUACCGCAUUGGUCCCACUACCAAUCGGGAAUGGUGGCGAGGUGAUUAUGGGCAGAUCGAUGCAGACCGUGGACCAUGGCCAGACAUGCAGACAAUGAUCAAGAGUGCUGCCGAAUUUCAGCUACGCGCCCUCGAUGCCGGGUUAGGAAUCUCACCACCAUUCGGCAAGUCCAAGCCAAGCGAUACUCCUCUUCUUCGCCGGCUUCUGGCGAUGUGCAUACGCAUCGCGCCAGAUAUCAUCCCCAGCGAGCCUGUUGCGUCGAGGUACUGCGUGCUCAAUCAUCCGGAUCUGAAUCUCAACAACCUCAUUGUGCCGGAAGACGGAAAGGCGUUUGUGCGUGCGCCCAUCGACUGGCAAGGCGCGACCGUGUCACCUCUCUGCAUGCAAUGCGCCAUUCCCCCGGCCGUUCUAAACAGAGGCCUGAUACCGGUGCCGAGGGAUGGGUCGACGCCGCCGUGGCCCGACAACUUCGACAUGAUGUCGGAGGAGGAGCAGGGCAUUGUACGGAUCCAUCAUCGGUUCGCAAUGCGCACACGGUAUUACCUUCAGCGGAUAAGCACGUUCCACUCGGUGCGGCAGUUAACAUUGGAGUUGCCUCACAGCAGUGUUUUGAGCAACCUAGUGCCCUUCAUCACACGCUGCGUCGCGGACGGGCCUCUGGAGCUACGCGGAAUGCUCAUGGACCUCCAGGAAAAAUGGGACCAGUUUGCCGAUGGGCCGUGUCCUAUCGACUUCUCGGCAGACGAGGUUGCGGAGCACGCAGCUGCAGCAGAGGCGCUCGAGGAGUACACGCGCAACGUCACUCAGCUCUACCGCGAAAUUGACUGCUUGGACGAUGGGUCGGUGGAGGCAGAGAAGUUCGAGGAUGCGCAGAAAGCGAUGGAGCAAUGCCGGGAAAGGUGGGAUGAGAAGGCUAUGAAGGGUCCUUUCCCGCUUUUCGAGGGUGCACACUCCUACUUCCUCAGUUGAACUCGUAGUAGCUGAACUCGUCGUAGCUGUACGCGAUAGGAUGGACUUCGUGAUCACUUACCCCCCACUCAUAUUUUAAUUGGAUUGACUCGUUGAGCUGCCCUCAA